UUACACAGAAAGUAAGUGUGAUAGUUUUGAGAUUAUAGUGGCUGAUCUGUUCAUUGUUUUGUACUCAGGAACUAAAAAAUUACUAAGAGUUGUAAGAGCUCUGGUUUUAUAGCUGAGAUAAUAAGCCCAGUGACACAAGUGGUCUAGGGUCCCAACUAUGAAGUGGCAGAGGUUUCCUGUCUCCUGGUCCUAUGCUGCCUGUGCGUAGGUUUCUAACUAUUCACAAGUCUUUUAAUCAGUUAAUGUUUGCUCUCUCUAAGUAGACAGUUUAGUAUAGCCAGGUAAGAACUGGGCUUUGAAGCUAAAAUGUUUGGGUUUGAAUCCUGGCUUUGCUAUUUACUGUGUGACUUUGGGCAAGUCACUAAUCUCUUUGCUUUACUUACCCACCUAUAAAAUGAGUAUAAUAAUGGUACUUUACUUCAUAGGGUGGUUGUGAGCAUUAUAUACUUAAUAUAUGCAAAGCAAGAAAAACUGUGGAUUUGUCAUUAUAAUUGCUAUUAGUCUGUGAGGGAAUGGAGGGCAAGGAAUCUAGUCAUGUUUUUUGUUUUUUAAACCUUUUCCCUCAGCUUCUGAUCAGAGCAUUCACGUGGGUGUUCAAUAAAUGCAUGUCAGCUACCUUAAGCAUAUUGGGAGGUUUUGUAUCACUGAAGUAAGACUUGAGAUUUGUGGCCGGGCGCGGUGGCUCACACUUGUAAUCCCAGCACUUUGGGAGGCCGAGGCGGGCGGAUCACGAGGUCGGGAGAUCGACACCACGGUGAAACCCCGUCUCUACUAAAAAUACAAAAAAAUUAGCCGGGCGUGGUGGUGGGCGCCUGUAGUCCCAGCUACUCGGAGAAGCUGAGGCAGGAGAAUUGCGUGAACCCGGGAGGCGGAGCUUGCAGUGAGCCGAGAUUGCGCCACUGCACUCCAGCCUGGACGACAGAGCGAGACUCCGUCUCAAAAAAAAAAAAAAAGAGAUUUGUGUAAGCUUGGACUAGUCUGGUACUAGGGAAGUCUAGAAAGGUAAAAACUGAGAUAGCAUCAGAUUGAUUUUAGGACCUAGCACAGCUUCUUUAAAAAAGUCAGUCAAGACAAAUAAGUGCUGAGAAAAAUGGGGGUCAAUGAGUCUAAUUCCAAAUGAGCUUUCUCAUCUAUUUUAAGAUCUGUUUCAAACUUCCUCAGAAAAAAAUCUGGCCUUUUAAGGAAAGUGCAGAGAACAUGCCUUCGUGGGCUUAGUUUGAGGGAAUAGGGGCUGCAUUUCACCCUGGAGGUGGCUACAUGAAUUUGUGAACUGAGGUGACAACACUGACUCUCUCCGGAAGAAAAGAUGCUAUCUCUUCACGGAGUUUAAUUACAAUGGCACUACUUGAAACAAGCUGCAACAGCAGCAGCAGCAGCAGCAGCAACAACAAACACUACUGUUAGCCCAGUCACAGCUCAGCUCAAUAUUCAGAUUAGAGAAAGCAAGAACCAUUUUUUUCCCUGGGACACCCUUCUCCACUCAAAUACCCGCUGAAAAAAAAUUCUGAGACAAGCACUAGGGAGUGGGGAAAGCGGGCGGAGAUGAACAAUAACCCAUAUCCAGGGGUUAGAAAAAUAAUAUUAAUAAAUCAUGGUAGGUUUUCUUGUUUGUUUGUUUUUGGCAGGAACUUGCCACUCUUCAGCAUCAUCCAUUAUGAAAUCUAGGGUGGGAAAAGUGUACCAACUGGCCUUCCAAAUUUUCUGCAUUUGGCAGAUGCAAACGACACAGUCCAUCCCUGCCCUCAGCACUUGGACGGUAUCAGGGAAACAAGUAUCAAUGGAAGGAUCUUGAAGUGAAAAAUAAAUAACUGGUCAGGUUAGGGUUAGUGUUCUUGUGUGCAAGGGAGCUAGUGAAGUUUAGGCUUUGAUGCGCACCCACAGCGUCAGCAAAGGAGGAAGAAUUAAGGGACAGCAUGGGCUGAAAAGCCCCCGAGUUUUGAGGUCAAGCCAACGGGCUGGGUCUCUGGUAUCCUAGGAUCUGCCCUGCACACAACCUUUGGCAGUUUCUCGGUUUGAAUCUCGCCUGUACAUUUCCAGACGAGACACUGUCUUACUGAGCGUUCUCACAGCGCCUAGCUCAGAGCUGACCGCAGAGCCGGCUCUCAAUAACAUCUAGAUGCAAAAGCAGCUUUUGGGGUUAGGGGCGGAAGGGCAUUGGUUUUACUUAUUUUAAGGCUGGAGCUCGGUGCAGCCGGAUCCAACUGCCAGCACAAUGUUCCCGAUCACUUCUCGCUUCCAUUUCAGCCCAGGAAACGUCGGGAAACCCACAGGACCCGCUAGGGGCUAAGCGGUUAAGCCGCGUCCUUCAGGUGUCAGUCUCGAUCCGUUCGGAAACCACAACCAGAAUCCCUUGUGCCAGGAGGCCAGGCCGCAAAUAAGAUGGCUCCAGAAGGGUGGAAUAUACGGCAGGGGGGAACUUAGUCGUUGGCAGUUUCUUCACGGGAUGUGUUUAAAUUGCCGAGUCCCCACAAACGCGCCACCCCACAAAUCUCCGUCGAGGCCGUGGAAGCCACGGCUGCCGCCUCGCCCGCUCCUCCAGGAGCAUGCUGGGAUUUGUAGUCCAGCAGCCGGACUGCGCCGCACUACCUUUCCCAGCUUGCCCUGCGGCUCGGGUGAUAUCAACAGUCUUUUCCAGAACUCUGUCUGCACUGAGACCCUCUUCCCCCGGUCCUUUUCUCGCGGUCGACUCCUUCCCAUCCCUGGCGACUGAGCGGCGGUUGCAGGAGAAGCCCCGGUCCCUUGCCGCGCCGCCCCUUGGGGCACUUCCGGCGGCGGUUCACUUCCUGGUUGGGUGGAUGGAGCCGGGCGGGAGCGCGCGCGGGGGAGGGGCGGCGGGUCAGUCUCCGCCCGGCGCUCCCGGGAUCAGCUGGCGGGAGCCGAGCGCGGCCCCGGCUCUCGCUGCAGCGCCGCCUCCUCUCUGCGUCGCAGGCCGGCCCGGCGGCCGUGACAAUGUCGCGGGGCUGGUAGCAGGGCGCCGGCUGCCGAGCCGUCUCAAGUUUAAACUUACACGAAUCGCUUUCUGGAGGAGGGGACCCGCCGCGCGAUUGACACGCAUAUUCCUAUAGGCAUCCUCCCUCAGCCCCCACCCCCACGGCCGGAUUCGGGUGGCUCCUCUCCGAGGUGAAAUCCGAGAAGAAAUCCUUGGAUCUCUUUUCUUAAAAAAAAAAAAAAAAAGCAAUCUAGAAACCAUCGGUAUUUUGCUUUGCUGCUCCCUAUUCGCAAGAUGAAGAAGUUUUUCGACUCCCGGAGAGAGCAGGGCGGCUCUGGCCUGGGCUCCGGCUCCAGCGGAGGAGGGGGCAGCACCUCGGGCCUGGGCAGUGGCUACAUCGGAAGAGUCUUUGGCAUCGGGCGACAGCAGGUCACAGUGGACGAGGUGUUGGCAGAAGGUGGAUUUGCUAUUGUAUUUCUGGUGAGGACAAGCAAUGGGAUGAAAUGUGCCUUGAAACGCAUGUUUGUCAACAAUGAGCAUGAUCUCCAGGUGUGCAAGAGAGAAAUCCAGAUAAUGAGGGACCUGUCAGGGCACAAGAAUAUUGUGGGUUACAUUGAUUCUAGUAUCAACAACGUGAGUAGCGGUGAUGUAUGGGAAGUGCUCAUUCUGAUGGACUUUUGUAGAGGUGGCCAGGUGGUAAACCUGAUGAACCAGCGCCUGCAAACAGGCUUUACAGAGAAUGAAGUGCUCCAGAUAUUUUGUGAUACCUGUGAAGCUGUUGCCCGCCUGCAUCAGUGCAAAACUCCUAUUAUCCACCGGGACCUGAAGGUUGAAAACAUCCUCUUGCAUGACCGAGGCCACUAUGUCCUGUGUGACUUUGGAAGUGCCACCAACAAAUUCCAGAAUCCACAAACUGAGGGAGUCAAUGCAGUAGAAGAUGAGAUUAAGAAAUACACAACGCUGUCCUAUCGAGCACCAGAAAUGGUCAACCUGUACAGUGGCAAAAUCAUCACUACGAAGGCAGACAUUUGGGCUCUUGGAUGUUUGUUGUAUAAAUUAUGCUACUUCACUUUGCCAUUUGGGGAGAGUCAGGUGGCAAUUUGUGAUGGAAACUUCACAAUUCCUGAUAAUUCUCGAUAUUCUCAAGACAUGCACUGCCUAAUUAGGUAUAUGUUGGAACCAGACCCUGACAAAAGGCCAGAUAUUUACCAGGUGUCCUACUUCUCAUUUAAGCUAUUCAAGAAAGAGUGCCCAAUUCCAAAUGUACAGAACUCUCCCAUUCCUGCAAAGCUUCCUGAACCAGUGAAAGCCAGUGAGGCAGCUGCAAAAAAGACCCAGCCAAAGGCCAGACUGACAGAUCCCAUUCCCACCACAGAGACUUCAAUUGCACCCCGCCAGAGGCCUAAAGCUGGGCAGACUCAGCCAAACCCAGGAAUCCUUCCCAUCCAGCCAGCCCUGACACCCCGGAAGAGGGCCACUGUUCAGCCGCCACCUCAGGCUGCAGGAUCCAGCAAUCAGCCUGGCAUUUUAGCCAGUGUUCCCCAACCAAAACCCCAAGCCCCACCCAGCCAGCCUCUGCCACAAACUCAGGCCAAGCAGCCACAGGCUCCUCCCACUCCACAGCAGACGCCUUCCACUCAGGCCCAGGCCACACCCCAGCACCAGCAGCAACUCUUCCUCAAGCAGCAGCAACAGCAGCAGCAACAGCCACCGCCACCACAGCAGCAGCCGGCAGGCACGUUUUACCAGCAGCAGCAGCAGCAGGCCCAGACUCAGCAGUUUCAGGCAGUACAUCCAGCAACCCAGCAACCAGCAAUUGCUCAGUUCCCUGUGGUGUCCCAAGGAGGCUCUCAACAGCAGCUAAUGCAGAAUUUUUACCAGCAGCAGCAGCAGCAGCAACAACAACAGCAACAGCAACAGCUGGCCACAGCCCUGCAUCAACAACAGCUGAUGACUCAGCAGGCUGCCUUGCAGCAAAAGCCCACUGUGGCAGCAGGACAGCAGCCCCAGCCACAGCCAGCUGCAGCCCCACAGCCAGCCCCUGCCCAGGAGCCAGCGCAGAUUCAAGCCCCAGUAAGACAACAGCCAAAGGUUCAGACAACCCCACCUCCUGCCGUCCAGGGGCAGAAAGUUGGAUCUCUCACUCCACCCUCAUCCCCCAAAACCCAACGUGCUGGGCACAGGCGUAUUCUCAGUGACGUAACCCACAGUGCAGUCUUUGGGGUCCCUGCCAGCAAAUCAACCCAGCUGCUCCAGGCAGCUGCAGCUGAGGCCAGUCUCAAUAAGUCCAAGUCUGCAACCACCACUCCAUCAGGCUCUCCUCGGACCUCUCAACAAAACGUUUAUAAUCCUUCAGAAGGGUCUACGUGGAAUCCCUUCGAUGACGAUAAUUUCUCCAAACUCACAGCUGAAGAACUGCUAAACAAGGACUUUGCCAAGCUGGGGGAAGGCAAACAUCCCGAGAAGCUUGGAGGCUCAGCUGAGAGUUUGAUCCCAGGCUUUCAAUCAACCCAAGGUGAUGCUUUUGCUACGACCUCAUUUUCUGCUGGAACUGCUGAAAAAAGGAAGGGUGGGCAGACUGUGGACUCUGGCCUCCCGCUUCUAAGCGUGUCUGAUCCUUUCAUUCCUCUACAAGUACCUGAUGCACCAGAAAAACUAAUUGAGGGACUCAAAUCUCCUGACACUUCUCUUCUGCUUCCUGACCUCUUGCCUAUGACAGAUCCUUUUGGUAGCACUUCCGAUGCUGUGAUUGAAAAAGCUGAUGUUGCUGUUGAGAGUCUCAUACCAGGACUGGAGCCCCCAGUUCCCCAGCGCCUCCCAUCUCAGACGGAAUCUGUGACCUCGAAUCGCACAGAUUCUCUCACCGGGGAAGAUUCCCUGCUUGAUUGCUCUCUGCUCUCUAACCCUACUACUGACCUUCUGGAAGAGUUUGCCCCCACAGCAAUCUCUGCUCCAGUCCAUAAAGCUGCAGAAGAUAGUAAUCUCAUCUCAGGUUUUGAUGUCCCUGAGGGCUCGGACAAGGUGGCUGAAGAUGAGUUUGACCCUAUUCCUGUAUUGAUAACCAAAAACCCACAAGGUCUGCAGAGAGAGUCCAAUCCCUGUCCUGUAAUAACUGUAGAGCACUUUAAAGAAUCACUGGGCGUUAAAGGCCUUCCUCUGUAUCCAGACCCCUCCAGAGUACCUGGCACAAAGACUCAAAACAACUUAGAAUCUGACUACUUGGCCAGAGAUGGCCCUUCAAGCAACAGCUCAUUCCAUAGCAGUGAAGAGGAAGGGACUGACCUUGAAGGAGACAUGCUGGACUGCAGUGGGUCUCGGCCUCUCCUUAUGGAGUCUGAAGAAGAAGAUGAGAGCUGCAGACCCCCCCAGGGGAAGCUGGGAGGAGCCGUUCCAUUCGCUCCACCAGAAGUCUCUCCUGAGCAAGCAAAGACAGUGCAAGGUGGAAGAAAGAACCAGUUUCAAGCCCUCACGCAGCUAGCCACUGAUGGGCUCAGUGAGCCAGAUGUUUUUGCCAUAGCUCCCUUCAGGAGCUCAAGGGUUCCAAAUGAUGACAUGGACAUUUUCUCCAAAGCCCCAUUUGUCUCCAAGAGCAGUAUGGCUCCUUCCCAGCCAGAGGAGUCAGACGUGUUUUUGAGAGCUCCUUUCACUAAGAAGAAAAGCGUGGAGGAGUUAACAGUUAUCCAGAGCACCUCCCAGGAGCUGCCUGCACAGACCGGUCUCCUCAGUCAGACAGGUGACGUCCCCCUGCCCGCGGGCCGUGAGAGAGCUGUGUAUACCUCUGUCCAAGCUCAGUAUUCCACAGCUGGCUUUGUGCAACAAUCUAACCUCCUCUCCCAUUCUGUGCAAGCAGCAGACCAUCUGGACAGCAUCUCUCCCAGGGGAUCCUGCCUGGAAUCUGGGGGUCAUUCUAAUGACAGAAACAAAGGACCUCAGCUCCAGAAAGAAGCUGUCUCAGGCCCCAUGGCUGGCAAACCAUUCCGCCCCCAGUCCUUAUCCAAGUAUUCCCGUCACUAUAGCCCAGAAGAUGAGCCAAGUACAGAAGCCCAGCCCAUUGCUGCCUACAAAAUUGUUUCACAAACCAACAAGCAGUCGAUAGCUGGGUCUGUUUCUAUCACAUCCCUUUCCUCCAGGACUACGGAGCUGCCAGCUGCUGAUCCAUUUGCUUUAGCACCCUUCCCUUCAAAAUCAGGCAAGAAACCCUAGGAGCAAAACCUGAGCCUCAAGCCUCUUGUCUCUAUCCCACCCUCAAUACCCGCCACGGCAUUCCCAGCUGAGCCUUCCGAAGAAGAAAUAUUAUCAGUUCUUAUCUUUCAAUUCCCUGCGUCAGAGCAGAAUUUCUUGAGUCAACAAACUCAGUUGCAGUGAUACUUAGUUGAAGCCCCUUUAAGUUAUGUUCGUUUUUUGUUUGUUUGUUUGUUUAUAUUGAUUUCUGGACUUGGAGGCAUUUUCAUCUCCUUCACAGAGGUCAUCCACUUCCACCAAGAACUCUGCUUCCCCCCCUCCCCCCCACAGAAACUGUUUAAAUCCUGAAAUACUUCUUCACCCCAAUCCCAAAGGGGCCCUAUUGUUGCUAGUUUUAAUUCCUGUAGCUCCUGUUCUAAGUCAUGCCCAUCGAAGAAUCAAGAUUAGUCCCUCCACUAAAUCAAGAUUUAGUACUCUUGAAAAGGGGAGAUGUCUGGAAAGAAGAGCAAGAUAAAAAUCAUUAUACAACAACAAGAAGUAUAAUCCUGCAGUUACUAAUCAUUCCUGUAGAAGCAGCAGCUCUAGGAGUCUCCGGAUCUGUUUCUCAGUCUGUGUGCAAGCCAGGCUGGCCCUCGUGCAUGACUGUCUGUGGGUGUGGAAUGUACGUCAGAGGCUAUGUAGAAAUACGGGCAGAUGGGCUAACUCCUCAUGUCUAGUCUGCUGGCAGGGCUUUCCCCACAUCCAUGCUUUUGAAAUUAGUGUGAGUGUACAGGUUUGUGUGUGCAUGUAUACGUGUGUCUGCACAGGAAGCAUUUCCACUUGAGGUAAAUCCUGCCCCAUCAUGCCUACCUCCACAAUCAAAUCACUCGUUUUUUGGUGUUUGCUUACCUAACUGACUUGAACCCCACCUUUUUUAUUUAGUUUUUUUCUCAUGGCAAAAUAGAAUACAUUGGAAGGUGUAGGGAAAUCCUGCUGGAACUGAUGUUUCAGAGUAAAUUUUUUUUCUCUCCAGAGUUUCCUGUUUUGCUAUUAACAAAUUAUAUUUACCUGAUUAUGAAAAAUUAAUUUUCCUUAUACAUUUUCCCCUUACAACACUAGAAAAGAACACCUUGUUACAGUUCCGGACUCUGAGUAUGUGGGCUAAAUGCCAGCAUUAGGGAAUUCGUUCAUCCUGAGACUAGGCUACAAACUAGGCUUGCUUGUUUUGGGGUUUUGUUUUUGUUGUUGUUGUUGUUGUUGCCAAAUCUCUACUGCCCUUUGAGGAAAUGUAAAUCUGAGACGUGGAAAUAAGUGUUUGGGAGAAUGGAAAAAGAGCUGAAUCAGGUAGGCAUGAAAACUUUUACAUUAUCCCCUUUAGAUGUUGAAAUAGGCCAGAUAGGUUAACUGAUGUUUUUUAAAAUUGUCUUUUAUUUCUGGAAAGAUCUCACUUAUUCCUAGCUUUUUUCAUACCCUUUAUUAUUAGUGCCUUAAAAUAAAGCUGGCCAGGUGCAGUGCCACACACCUGUAAUACCAGCAUUUUGGAAGGCUGAGGUGGGAGGAUCAGUUGAGCCCAGGAAGUUCAAGACCAACUCUGGCAACACAGCGAGACCCUGUCCCUUCAAAAAAAAAAAAAACAACAAAAAAAAGGCUGGGCAUGGUGGCUCACGCCUGUAAUCCCAGCACUUUGGGAGGCCAAGGUGGGCAGAUCACAAGGUCAGGAGUUUGAGACCAGCCUGGCCAACAUGGUGAAAUCCCAUCUCUACUAAAAAUACAAAAAAUUAGCUGGAUGUGGUGGUGCACACCUGUAGUCCCAGCUACUCAGGAGGCCGAGGCGGGAGAAUCACUUGAACCUGGGAGGCAGAGGUUGCAGUGAGCCGAGAUUGCGCCACUGCACUCUGGCCUGGGUGACAGAGUGAGUCUAAAAAAUAAAAUUAAAUAAAAUAAUGAAAAAAAUUAGAUGGGUAUGGUGACAUAUGCCUGUAGCUACUCAGGAGGCUGAGCGGGAAAGAUUACUUGACCCCAGGAGUUUGAGGCUGCAGUGAGUUGUGAGUCCAGCCUGGGUGACAAGAGUGAGACCCUGUCUCCAAAAAUAUAAUAAUAAAAAUAAAGCCUGUAUCUCAAUGGGAAGAUUUCUGCUAAGGCAGUUCAACUCAAUGGAAAGAACUGCUGCAUUAGGUUUCAACUUGAAUGCUUUCUGUCACUUCUAGUAAAGGUUAAGUGAUUUUUCCAUUAGCUGUAGAAGUUUGGAGAGCUAUUUACCAAGCCAGAUCAAUGAUUUAAAAAUUAUUGGAAAUUCAUCCAAGAAUCAAGUCUGAAUGCCCAAUUCUAUUGUAGUAGAUUAGGUGUGAUAUUCUUUAAAGUUCAGGAAUAUUGGCAGUAAAAUAUGAGAAGCUACUUUUCAACAUUUUGUCCUUUUUUGGUUGGUCUCCGCCUAUUUCAAAUGUCCUGAACAAAAGAUAAAUAAUUGGCACUGUGCCAAGGUUUGGUUUUCCAACUAAGGUCUCGACUGUGCCAGAAACCUAUGUCCUUCACUUUGGUGGAUGCUAAAUGUUAUUCUAAGAAUACGCUUUUUCCCAAUUCUCAUUUCUGAUUUUUAUGUAUUAGUGGAUGCAAAAUUGUCUUUCUAGUUGAAUGAAUAAUUUCGGUUAAUGCACGUGGAACUUUGCACCCCAGAUUCUUCCCAUGGUCAUUAUCAAGUGGAGCCCUCAAAAACAUGAGCCACGAGGCUAGAAAUAUUCAGGGGGAUUUCUCACCCAAACUCAGAAAUUCUUUUUUUUUUUCUUUUUUUUCAAGACGGCGUCUUGCUCUGUCGCUCAGGCUGGAGCGCAGUGGCGCGAUCUCGGCUCACUGCAACCUCCACUUUCCGAGUUCAGGUGAUUCUGCCUCAGCCUCCCGAGUAGCUGGGAUUACAGGCACACACCACCAUGCCUGGCUAAUUUUUGUAUUCUUAGUAGAGAUGGGGUUUCACCAUGUUGGCCAGGUUGGACUUGAACUCUUGACCUUGUGAUCCGCCCACCUUGGCUUUCCAAAGUGCUGGGAUUACAGGCGUGAGCCACCGCACCUGGCCCAGAAAUUCUUAAAGCAAGAGAUCAUUCUAAUUCCCCUUCCCAAAUAUUCAGGAUUAUCUCUGUAACAGCCCAGCAAAAUGUUUUUCCUUUGGUUAUUUGAUAAUUCCCUUCUAAUCAAGUGACUAUUUUAAUUCUCAAGGUGCAAAUCAGAAUAAAAUCAUGGUGAUUUUACUACAUAGUUGAAUACUUCGUCAAGCAUGAGCUUGUAUCCUUUUUAAAUUUUUCACUGGAGGCCAGGCGCGGUGGCUCACGCUUGUAAUCCCAGCACUUUGGGAGGCCGAGGUGGGUGGAUCACUUGAGGUUAGGAGUUUGAGACCAGCCUGGCCAACAUGGUGAAACCCUGUCUCUACUAAAAAUACAAAAAGUAGCUGGGCGUGAUGGCAUCCACCUGUAGUCCCAGUUACUAGGGAGGCUGAGGCAGAAUUGCUUGACCCAGGGAGGCAGACUUUGCAGUGAGCCAAGAUUGUGUCAUUGCACUCUAGCCUGGGCGAGAAGAGCAAAACUCCGUCUCAAAAAAAAGAAAAAUUGUCACUGGAGACAUGAUGGGUGGAGACUCUACAUACCUUCUUUGAAUACAGAAACGGAUGCAAACACAUGCAAAUUAUUAUUAUUAUUUUUUUUUUGGUGAUGCAUGAAAAAACUUUGACUUGUGGAUUACAUUAAUUAUUAGUAACAGUUAGAUUCUGCCGACCUGUAUUACAGUAGGGUCUUAUUUCCUUAAAGAGAAAAAAAAUAGUCAUGCCCCAUUUAAUGAUGAGGGGAACAUUCAGAGAAAUGCAUCCUUCGGUGAUUUUGUCAUUGUGUGAACAUCACAGAGUGUACUUAACACAAACCUAGAUGGCACGGCCUACUACCUACCUAGGCUAUAUGGUCCAGCCUGUUGCUCCUGGGCUACAAACCUGUACAGCAUGUUACUGUACUGAAUACUGUAGGCAGUUGUAACACAAUGGUAAGUAUUUCUGUAUCCAAACAUUUUAGACAUAGAAAAGGUACAGUAAAAAUAUGGUAUAAUCUUAUGGGACCAUCAUGGUAUAUGUGGUCCAUCAUUGAUGGAAUCGUUUUUAUGCAGCACAUGACUGUAUAUAAUCAACAAACGACUCUACUUUCUUGUUUUCAUUUGUUGUGUUUUUGCUUUACACAUUCGAUAGGGAACAUAGAACUUGUGACCUUUCAUUUCAGUGGAAAGCAUUGAGCCAGAAUAUAUUUAUUCAUAAACCAUUGAGCCACACAUGCAUUGAUGAACCCUGAAAGAAUCCACAGUAAUUGACUAACAGGCAGUAUUGAGUGAAUGAUGUCAUAUGUGGUGAAAAAUAUUUAAUAUAUCAGUUUCUUGGGCUCACAUACAGCCCUUUAGUUCCAAGUGCUUGGUUAGAUUAGAAAAUGGGAUGAACACAAUUUGAUGCUGAAGCAGCUGCUGAGCAGCACCCAGGGAGUCUAGGUCAUACACCCUAUAUUGUUUUCGGCCCACUUAUUAUUGAGUUGAAAAGUCUCAUAUCUGUAGACUAGAGUGUGUGUGUUUACAGGCCCAUGUUGUAUCCGAGUUUUCUCUGGCAACUAAGAUCUCUUUCUAAACGUUCUAGAAAGAUACUGGUAUCUUACUGGCCCAUUAUUUAUUUAGUAAGUUUUAGAAUACAUGUACAUCAGUGUUUUCAACUACUUGGUGGACAUUUCACUGAUGCAUAAUGAAAGUAGCAGAUUAUAAUCAUCAGAGUGAUCUGACAAUGGAAAUUCUGUAUUUGCUUCCAUAAAGAAAAAUAAUCAAAACAUAUAUCAGAUAUAAUAUAUAUGCAGUAUAUCACAUAGGAAAUUUUAUUAUAGGAAAUUAGAGAAGGAUGCUACUCCAUUCUCUAGCAGGAAGAAUACACUUGGGUCCCUUAAAUAAAGAAAAGUGUGAUUCUGUGUUGUAUGCUUGGAACUGAAAUUGGAGAACACGUACCAGUUAACUGUGAAAUGGUUGCUGGAUAAAAACAGAUGUGGUUUUAUCCGAGAAAUAUGGGACUGAAGUUAUUUUGAUGAGAGGUACAUAGGAGAGCUGCAGAAAAGACUGUAGCUUCUGAGGAGGCAGGAGUACCUUGUUAAUGUCCAGACCACCCCUGAGUUCUAAUGUUCCAACUCCACCUAAAGGAGGAAUUGGAAACUUUAAAUGGAAUUAUCUAAUUUAAAUUCUUAGUUUUUUCUUUGUCUUUCUCAGCUGAUACUUGUAGUUUUGUUUUGUUUUUUAACCACCAAGAACACUUGCAAGUUUGUUACUGAAAACAUUACUAAAGGAAAAGAAGAGUUUCAAAAUGCUUGAAAAGAAAAAGUAGUAUGUGGUUGGGAAUUGUUUUUGUUCAAGUCCAUGGAAGUCCUCCUGGCUUAGCUCCCUUGUUCCUGUUCCCACUUCAUUUCCUUACUUAACAUUCCCCUAUUUUGAGCAUGUCAAUAAGUGCAUGAUGAAUGGCACAGUUGAAUGAUCAUGUUAACUUUAAUUGCUUCCUUUGUUGCUGUAAACAGUUUCUUGUUAAGUUUCAGCCAAGUCUGUGACAAUCUCACCAAAUAAGAAUGAAAUGGGCACAGUGUGAUGGCUCACACUUGUAAUCCCAGCACUCUGGGAGGCUGAGGUGGGCAGAUGGCUUGAGCUCAUGAGUUCAAGACCAGCCUGGGCAACAUGGCAAAACCUUGUCUCUACAAAAAAAUACAAAAAUUAGCCAGGCAUGGUGGUGCACACCUGUAGUCCCAGCUACUUGGGAGGCUUAGGUGGGAGGAUGGCUUGAGCACGGGAGGCAGAGGUUGCACUAAGCCAAGAUCGUGUCACUGCACUCCAGCCCAGGCAAUAGAGCCAGACCCUGUCUCAAAAAAACAAAACAAACAAAACAUGAAUGAAUGAAAUGGCUUACCUUCCCUGUUAUGAACUAGAAGAAAGGAUGAAAGAAGGUUGGCAGGACCCCAGCCUUACUCUGUAGUGACAACCCAGAGGUACCUUUCCUGGAAUGCAGGGUCAAGUUUAUGUGUGAAGGGACUCUAGAAUAGCUGGUAAAAAUGGCUACAUGUUAACCAUUCUUGACUUAGUCCAGUAUUCCCAUAAUUUGUAAUUCCAUAAAUUUAUUCUCAGCUGUCUCCCAGCCAUUUCUGAUAGAAGGAUGUGUACCCCAGUUUUGACAAUGUUCUUGAAAUCAAGUUAGUGUUACCUGCAUUGCAUUAUAAUGGAACUAUAUGUACAUGUUAAAGGGAUCUGUUUGAUUCCUUUUGGCAAGGAAUUGCAAAAAUAGUUUUUACCAAUACCAGUUAAAAUAGGAUAGGUUAGACUUUGGGGGCAGGGUGAGACAGUGCAGCCUUUUCACUCUGAAAUGGCAAAUCAGCUGUAUUCUUUGAGUCUACCAGAGAUUCCUAUUUGAGUGUGAAUGGGGUGUGUGCGUCUGUGUGUGUGUGUGCUCAUUCAUCUUCAUGCUUUCUUCCAUGGUGUUAAUUCAAGCUCUCCUAAUAAAGGUAUCCAAAGAGUACUGAGAAGUGACCAUAGGUAUUUGGCAUGAGUAAAUGUGGUUCCUUUUGCCAAAAACUCUCAAAGUUACAACUGGAGUUCUUCUCGAUAAAAGGUUGGGGAAAUCAGCCAUGGCUUUAGCCUUGUUCCCAAGUACACAUCUUCUUAUCCACAAGGAUGAAACUCUGUAGGGCUCACCCUGAGGGCUCAUGUGUGGCAUUGAGAGGGUAGCAGUGACCAGAACACUACAAGGCCCACAAGAUGUUUUGAAUGAGGGAACAUUUAAUGUCAUUUGUUAGGAGAUAGAAACCAAAUAAUAAAGGACAAGGACCACGCUCAUUCCAUGGAGAAGAGGUGAACUCCCUCUGCUGACUAUUUGGAAUGGACUGAAUGAGGAGGUCUCCCCAGCCAGAAGGAGUAUUGAGGUCAUCAGGCCUCAGAAAACAAUGUACACAUAAUCUCGGGCUAUAAACAAGAGAAAGGAGGGGGGAAAACAUGAAAGUCAAUCUUAACAAUUUUUUCAAUACCUCUUAUUUGCAGACCAUUGGAUUUAUGUUAUUGCACUCUCGGUGUGAUUUAUCAUAUGUAUCUGAUAGGUUUUAUGAAUUGUUUUGAGUUGUAAACUCCUAUACCCUUUAUUAAAAAUGGACCUAAUUAAAUGA